AUGGUGUUAAAUCCAAAUAUGAAAGAGGUCGUUAGGGAAGAAGUACUUAAACUGUUAGAUGUAGGUAUCAUUUACCCUAUUUCUGAUAGUCAAUGGGUUAGAAAAGAAAAUGCUUUUGUCUUUGAUAAUGAUUGCCAUGCUGCCUUUGAAAAAUUGAAAUCCCUUUUGACUAGUGCACCCAUUAUUCGCCCUCCUGAUUGGAAUAUCCCUUUUGAAAUAAUGUGUGAUGCUUCUGAUUAUGCUAUUGGUGCUGUUCUAGGACAAAGAAUUAACAAGUUACCUCAUGUAAUCUACUAUGCUAAAUUUGAUUUAGAGAUAUGAGAUAAAAAAGGUUCUGAAAAUGUUGUUGCUGAUCAUUUGUCUAGAAUUGUUGUUGAGACUAAUAAUGACUCCACCACUAUAACUGAAACUUUUCCUGAUGAACAACUCAUGCAUAUAUCUUCUUUGCCUUGGUAUGCUGAGAUUGUGAAUUAUUUGGUCACUGGUGAAAUUCCUUCUCAUUGGUCUAAGCAUGACAAAUCUAAAUUUUAUUCUGAAGUGAAACAUUUCAUGUGGGAUGACCCUUAUUUGUUUAAAUAUUGCCCUGAUCAAAUAAUAAGGAGAUGCAUUCCAAACUGUGAUCAACUUAAAAUCAUAUCUUUUUGUCAUGAUCAUGCAUUUGGUGUUGAUUAUGUGUCUAAAUGGGUUGAAGCUGUUGCAUGCCACACAAAUGACCAUAAAGUUGUGCUUAAGUUUUUUAAAGAAAAUAUUUUCUCCCGUUUUGGCUCACCACGUGCUAUCAUUAGUGAUAACGGUACGCACUUUUAUAAUAGAUCUUUUGAGCAUUUAAUGAAACAAUAUGGCAUUACACAUAAAGUCACUACACCUUAUCACCCACAAACUAGUGGCCAAGUCGAAAUAUCAAAUAGGGAAAUUAAGCACAUCUUAGAGAAAACUGGUAUUGUUCUUUUUGUGUGUAUGGUGCUAUUCACUGGAUCUGUAUUUGCUCUUGGUGGAAUUAUCUCAGCAAAGCCUUUAGAUGAUUUGUCAUACAAGGGGUUGACUGGUGAGCAGAAAGGAUUUAGAUCUCUGUAUGCAUCAUCUGUUUAUAUUGGCUGGGCUAUGGCUUCCGCAAUUGCUUUGGUGGUUACCAGUGUACUGCCAAUUGUUUCGUGGUUUGCAACAUACAGAUUUUCCUUGUCUUCUGCAGUGUUUGUACUUGUGGCAUUUUCUGGUGUGUCCUAUUUGGAGGUUAUAAAGUCUAGAUUUGAUGAAGUUCCAACAAAGGUUGAUUUCCUUGCUACUUUGCUUCCUUUGAUCUGCAUUCCAGUUCUACUGUCUCUUUCUUGUGGAUUUUACAAAUGGAAAGAUGAUAAUUGGAGACUCUCUCGAGUGGUAUAUAUAUUUGUUACUCUUGGUCUUCUUCUUCUGCUUGGUGCAAUAUCGGUUGUUACAAUUAGUGUGGCAUUUCUUUUGGUUCUUCUGAUGAUUGUACUAGCAAUUAGUGCUAUCCACCAUUGGGCAUCAAAUAAUUUCUAUUUGACAAGGACUCGAACAUUCUUUGUUUGUUUCCUUGCUUUCCUUUUGGCUCUGGCAACAUUCAUUGUUGGAUGGUUUGGAGAGAAACCAUUUGUGGGAGUGUCUAUUGGUUACUUUUCUUUCUUGUUUCUUCUUGCUGGGAGGGCAUUGACUUUCUUCUUUCAGCACCUGUAA